UUUCAGAUGUAAUUAGGUAAAAAUGUCGGAAAGAAAUCGAGGAAGGUCUGGGUUUAGCUCCGCUAUGGGAUCUGUUAAACGCACCGACAGCAGUAGUACAUCACCUUCAUCUCCAUCUCCCUCCUUGGACUCGUCCAACUCCAGCCUGGACCAGGUGGUUCACAGGGUACCUGGAGCUAGGAUUAAUGGGGGAGCUCGAUCUGACUCUUUGGUUCUACUUAACGGAGAACAGAUUGAAGCAGUUUAUCAGGAUAUUGCAUUUCUCUGUCCAUUUACAGCAGGAACUGGACCAAUCCGAGGGACCCUGUCAGUUACCAACUACAGAUUAUAUUUUCAGGAACUGGACCAAUCCGAGGGACCCUGUCAGUUACCAACUACAGAUUAUAUUUUCAGGAACUGGACCAAUCCGAGGGACCCUGUCAGUUACCAACUACAGAUUAUAUUUUCAGGAACUAGACCAAUGAGGGACCCUGUCAGUUACCAACUACAGAUUAUAUUUUCAGGAACUGGACCAAUCCGAGGGACCCUGUCAGUUACCAACUACAGAUUAUAUUUUCGUCCAAUACAGACCGAGAAUCCAAUCAUUCUAGAUAUACCCCUGGGGUUUGUGAGCCGGAUUGAGAAGGUUGGCGGAGCUCGAACCCCCGGAGACAAUUACGGUUUGGAGAUAUUCUGCCGGGAUAUUAGAAACCUCAGGUUCGCCCUGAGUAAAGGAGAUGGACACCCUCGGAAAGAUAUUUUUGAAUGUCUAUCUCUCAACGCGUUUCCUGCGUCGAAUGGGAAUAAACUAUUCGCCUAUAGAUUCAGACAUAAAGAGGUUCGAAGUCCUUACACUGCAGACGGUUGGAGUGUGUAUAAUCCAAGAGCGGAGAUGAGAAGACAAGGAUUACCAAAUGAAAGCUGGGCAAUUUCAAAUAUUAAUGAGAAAUAUGGACUCUGUGAUACUUAUCCUACACUUCUAGCCUUACCUAGCAUAUUACAGAAUGAGGAAAUAUAUGAGGUGGCCAAGUUCCGAUCUAGGGGAAGAAUACCUACUUUAUCUUGGAUACAUUCACAAAGUUUAGCGACAAUUACCCGUUGUUCCCAACCUUUAACUGGUAUGGCGGGUAAGCGGAGUACCUACGACGAGAAGAUGAUUUCCCUAAUUAUGGACGCCAACGCACAGUCCCACCGUAUAUAUAUUUACGACGCUAGACCAAAGGUGAACGCUGUGGCGAAUAUGGCGAAGGGUGGCGGAUACGAGAAUGAAGAUACGUACAGUAAUGCCGAGUUUGUUUUUCUGGAUAUUCACAAUAUUCAUGUUAUGAGGGAGAGUUUAAGAAAGGUUAAGGAGAUGUGCUUCCCUGUGAUAGAUGAUUCAAGAUGGUUGAGUAAUCUUGAAGCAACUCAUUGGUUGGAUCAUGUCAAGCAGAUUCUAGCCGGGGCAGUCAAGAUAACCGACAAGGUUGAAAAUCAUAAAACGAGUGUAGUUGUACACUGCAGUGAUGGUUGGGAUAGAACUACCCAGCUCACAGCUCUCUCUAUGCUCCUCCUCGACUCCUACUACAGAACCCUCCAGGGGUUCCAGGUUCUGGUGGAGAAGGAGUGGUUGAGCUUUGGUCACAAAUUCGGAGAUAGGAUUGGACAUGGAGAUGAUAAACAUAAUGAUGCUGACAGAUCUCCAGUCUUUCUCCAGUUUAUAGAUUGUGUUUGGCAGGUAACCCAGCAAUUUCCAAAUGCUUUUGAAUUCAACGAGUUUUUUCUGACAACUAUCCUUGAUCAUCUUUACUCCGGACUCUUCGGUACAUUCUUAUAUAACUCCGACAAGGAGCGGAGAGAGAACAGGGUUGUGUCUGAAACCCAUUCUCUCUGGUCCUUUAUCAACACCCACCCGAGGAAGUACCUAAACCCAAUGUACUGCUCGGACCUGGAUAACAAGAUGACCUUGUUCCCCGUGGCGUCCAUUCGCUACAUGAAGUUCUGGAAGAGCUACUAUUGUCGCUGGAACCCUAGGAUGCGUCCUCAGGACUCGGUUCAUCUCCGCCACGGUCAACUUCUAAUACUCCGAGAUCAGCUCCAGGCCAAGGUUGAUAACCUCAACAGGGAGCUUGAAGCUAAAUCUAGAAAGAAUGGUGAUCAUGUUCCUUCACAAAAAAGUUCUGAUAGUUCACAUCCAAGCCUUUCAUCCAGGUUUGAGAGCAUCAACAUAUAACCCUGUAUUCUCAACCCAGAUUGUGUGGAGUUUUGAAAACUGUUAUCAGAUUCCUCAAGAGAUUAUAUAUUGCACAAAUUGCGCAUUUCUGAACUAGUAAAUUGGAAUACCAGUACUAAUAUCAUUAUCGUUGCCUUAUUUUCUUAUCCACCAAGUCGAAAUCCUGAGUUUUAUACAUUCAACUUUAGUUAAAAAAAAUAGUCCACUUGAUUACAGAAAACUCUACUUAAGUCUUCUUUGUAUAAAUUCUGGACUCCUCCCAACCCUCCCCCUGUAUUGUUGUGAUAUACUCUGGCAGUGGUAGAAUAUUUAUGUAAAAUAUUAUUAUUAUAUGGUUCUAUAUAGAUUUAUUAAUGUCGUUUUUCAAGCUCUAGUUUUGCUCUCGGUAAAUAUAUCUAUAAUUCCUAUUGAUUAUUACACCCCGAUGUACAAUUACAGA